AUGUCUCCUGCUUUCCUUCCUAACGGUGCCACCAACGACCCUGAAGCCCUCGACGAUAGCCGCAUCAUGGGCUACAACCCUUUGGUUUCACCUGCAUUGCUCCAACAAGAAUUGCCCGCAACUGAGGCUUCUCGUAAUGCUGUCAAGCAAUCUCGUCGCGAGCUUCAAGCUAUUUUAAACAAGGCUGAUGAUCGUAUCAUCGUUGUUGUUGGUCCUUGCUCAAUCCAUGACCCCAAGUUGGCCAUGGACUAUGCUAAGCUCUUGAAGCCCAAGGCCGAAGAACUUAAGGACUCUCUCUGCAUCGUCAUGCGUUGCUAUUUGGAGAAGCCCCGUACCACUGUCGGAUGGAAGGGUUUGGUAAACGACCCUAACUUGGACGGUUCUUAUGCCAUCAACAAGGGUCUUCACAUGUCUCGUAAGAUGUACUGUGACGUUACCGACUUUGGUGUGCCUUUGGCUAGCGAAAUGCUUGACAGCAUUUCUCCUCAGUUCUUUGGAGAUCUUUUGAGUUUUGGCGCUAUCGGUGCCCGUACUACCGAGUCUCAAUUACACCGUGAAUUGGCCUCCGCCUUGUCCUUCCCUGUUGGUUUCAAGAACGGUACUGACGGUACCAUCAACGUUGCUGUUGAUGCCAUCGGUGCCACCGCCCACUCUCACACCAUGCUUGGCGUCAACAAGCAAGGUAUUGCCUCUAUUUGCAUGAGCAAGGGCAACAAAGACACUUUCAUCGUUUUGCGUGGUGGUAAGAAGGGCCCCAACUAUGACGCUGAAAAUGUUCGUGCUGUCCGCGAACAAUUAGUCAAGUCGAACCUUCCCCCUCGUAUCAUGGUUGACUGCUCUCAUGGCAACUCCACCAAGAACCACCGCAAUCAACCUGUUGUCUCUGAAACCAUUUCUGAACAAAUUCGUAAUGGCGAUGACUCCAUUAUUGGUGUCAUGAUUGAGUCUCAUAUCAACGAAGGCCGCCAAGAUGCUCCUAUUAAGCCCGGUACCAAGGAGACUCUUAAAUAUGGUAUUAGUAUCACUGAUGCUUGUGUCAGCUGGGAACAAACCGUUCCUAUGCUUGAAGGGCUUGCUGAGGCUGUUCGUACUCGCCGUCAAAACGCAAGGGACUAA